AUGGCUGAACGGCUUUAUAUAUUUUUUUUAUGUGUAGGACUUAUCCUUGAUAUAAAUGUCGGUCAGUUGAAAAGGGAAAAAACAUGCCUAGAUGCGUUUGUGUGCGCUCACACAAAAGAACGUAUUUGUGGCUUAAACCCUGUGACUAGAGAAGUGAGAAGAUUUUUAGAUCACUGUGACCUUCUGGAAUUUAACUGUGAAUACAAAGCAUAUUUCCAAAUUACGAAACAACAGAAUUACCUAGUCGUUAUAGUUGUUCUGUUGUUGUUCUUUGUGACGUUUGCCAUCGCUCAUGGACCACCUAUGGAGCGGGAUAAUGAAGACGUCGUUAUGGGGCGGAAGGUAAAAAAAAUGGGAGCCAAAUGGUGCAGUAUGGCGAAGGUAUGCAACCAUGACCGCGUGCCGGUGUGUGGAGUCAGCCACGCCGGUGACAUCAUGGGCUUCCGUGACCUCUGUGACAUGUUCGACUUCAACUGCAUCAGACGUCGCAAUUAUAAACAGACAACAUGCCCGGAGGACAAAUCUGUGCUCAGCGUAUCACGACGGCCCACAAACAGUUACUACGACGAU